AUGAAUGAAGACGAGAUGUUAUCUGUAGGAAUUGCUGAUUUACCAAAUCAAAGACACAAAAUCGUGUCGCGUAAUGGAGCUGCUCUAACACUAAUGCUUUGUGGUGAAUCGGGACUCGGUAAAACGACGUUUUGCAAUACAUUGUUUUCCACUUCUAUUAAGCCUCAUAUGGACAUUGAGACGCGCCGUUCCAAGCAUACGGAGAAAAGUGUGGAAAUUGAAAUUACAAAAGCGGAAUUGGAAGAAAAGAACUUCCAUUUGAGACUUACUAUGGUUGAUACUCCUGGAUUUGGUGAUUUCAUAAAUAACACUGGUUGCUGGGAAUCUAUCCUAGAGUUUAUAGAGGAUCAGCAUGAGUCGUAUAUGCGACAGGAUCAACAACCAGACCGAACAAAGAUUAUUGACAUGCGCAUUCAUGCAUGCUUAUACUUUCUCCGUCCCGUACGAAAUGGCUUGCGUCCUAUGGAUUUGGAGGCUAUGAAGCGUCUCUGCAAACGUGUCAACCUGAUUCCCGUGAUCGCCAAAUCAGACAUGUACACCCGACGUGAUUUGGCCAUGUACAAGACCCGUAUUGCACAAGUGCUUGAUUAUCAUCAGGUAAGCAUAUACAAGCCAAGCAUAGAUGAAGGAGACCCGGUUUUCCAGCGUCAAAUUCAAGGCAUCAUCAGCGCAAUGCCUUUUGCAAUCGUUAGUAGCGAAGAAGAUACCCGAACCGCUGAUGGCCGUAUUGUUAAAGGUCGUAAGUAUCCAUGGGGUACCGUCGAGGUUGAAAGUGAAGAACAUUGUGAUUUCAAACAGCUACGAAAUCUCCUGAUUAGAAGCUGUAUGUUAGACCUUAUUCAGAGAACUGAAGACAUUAUUUAUGAGCAAUACCGACAAGAACAGAUGCAAGUUCGCCAAUAUGGUGAACCAAAAUUGAGGACUAUUGACAAUAGUAAGUUUAAGGAGGAGGAAGAAAGUCUUAGAAGAAGGUUUACCGAGCAAGUCCGACAAGAAGAGGCUCGCUUCCGACAAUGGGAACAAAGGCUGAUUGCUGAGCGUGACAAUUUAAACAAGGACCUCGAAGCUCAGCAUGUCCAAAUCAAACAACUUGAGCUUGAAAUUGAACGACUAAAGUUAAACAGUUCUUCACGUAAGCGUUAA